AGGUAUCAAGUCCCCAUAUGAAAAAUGAUACCUUUCUUGAAGAAGCUGUAGCUAGAUACAAGGGAUUUCUGUAUUUAAUCAAGAGAAACCAGGAGAGGUCCAUCAAGCAUUUCAGUGUUCCAACUUAUGACGUUGACCUCAUCUGGCAUUCUCAUCAACUACAUCCUGUUUCUUACUGUAAAGAUCUGGUGGCAAUAAUAGGCAGGGUGCUAGAGCAUGAUGACACUGAUUCUGAUAGAAGUAAAGGUAAAAGGCUGGAUACUGGGUUUUCUGGGACCACUAAGCAGUGGGAGGAGACAUUCGGUUCAAGAUACUGGAAGGCAGGAGCUAUGCAUAGAAGCGAUGCUCCAUCUCCUCUCAAAAUCAGUUUGGGUGAACUAGACACUUCAAACAAGAAUGAUACUGCUUCCAAUCAAUAUCAAAGUAUCAUUCAGCUUCCAAAGAAAAAGCUGAUUGAGGUUAUGGUGGAAAUUGUGGAGGUUAGAGACUUACCAGCUGAGCAUAACGGAGGCCUUUCCGUAAUACUUAGUAAGAAACAGCCAGAUUUGUAUUUCAAUGGCAGGAGAAUGAGUAUCUUGUCCAAGGCAGGGAAGAAAGAUGUCGCUGUUUUCCGAUGUGAACCCACAGGAGAGCUCAUCUUCAAACUUGUGUCCUAUCCAUCCUCUGUUUCACAUAUUGCAAGGCCUGAGAAAAUAUUGGGGACAGCAUUAAUCUCUCUACAUGACCUCAUGAAAACAGGUUCUCCUUUGUCAAUUGAAAAAUGGUUUGCAUUGGUGCCAAAUUCUGGAAUUGUAGGUUCCAAGCCAGUCAAUCUCUGGAUUGCUCUCUCUUUCACUCCUCCAGUACAGGCACCAUCAUUGCUGCACAUGGUCCAGACUCGUCCAUGCACAACAUCUUGUUUCUUUCCCCUCUCUGGAAGUUUUCAACAAGAUGAAACUUGGACAUGCGUUGUGGAUGAGGAUGGCAACAGGAUCAUCAACCUCCAGAUGAGAUAUUCAAAGAAAGCGGAGGCCAAAGACAAAAAGGAAGUGAUCGGCAUGACCAGCUCCGGCGAAAGACUUGUUCUCGCAGAGUUUGCUGGAACAGGAUGGUCUUUGAUGAAUUCCAGCUGGUGGUUUCAACCUCAUGAAAUAAUUACUGAUGCUAGUCGGAUCUUUGAGCUCACUGGUAGCCAUAAGGUGAUCCUUUUUCCUGGUAGGAAACUGGAGUAUGAAAUCAAAUGUGAGAAGCAUAAAAGCGAACAAAGUUUCAUGACAGCUGUCAAAUUUUCUGCAGAAUAUCCUCAUGGAAAAGCAGUGGCGCUGUUUGAUUUGAAGUCUGCCUCUCUCAAGGUGAAUGAAGAAUGGCUUGGAUUUCCUGGGAUUUUAUUAGCUUUUCUACUCUCCGAUACUCCGAGGAAUGAGAGCAAUGGACAAUUCAAUACCGAUGGAGAGAGUGCAAAAGAAAUGGACACUGAUUCAAAGCAAUAUGCAAAUACAAGCUCUAAGGAAGACAAAACAACCAACCAAAUUCAGGACAUAGAAGAUACUGCGAAAGCAACAACCCAACAACCCUACAAAUCUGGUGAUGAAUGUGAUUGUGGUGUUGUGGCUCAAGUUGAGAUGAUGGGUGGAAAAGGCACUGGAGUUGUUAAGAAUGUCACAGGUGAAGAAAACUACAGUAAUGGAUCCAAAGCAAUAAUAAACAGUGGAACAUAUUGCUCCAACUUACUUGGCCUUGUUGGUUCAGACUCUGCCAGUCAUAUAAUCCUAGAGGAUGAAGCGAAGAGCGCUCAUUGUGGUGGAUGUGGCUCAUGUCAUGGUGGUUGUGGAGGGUGUGGUUCCCAGACUGCAAGUUCUAUAUUCCAUGGGGAUGCAACAAACAGCCCUCAUUGUGGUGGGUGUGGCUCAUGUCAUGGUGGUUGUGGAGGAUGUGGCUCAUGCCACGGUAGCAGUUGCGGCCAAGAUCAGCAGUAAAUUAUCUUAGUGAUUGCUGGUCAAAAUGCAGCUGCCGCCUCUACCUAAGGACACAUUAGCUGGAUCCAAAAUAGGCACUUGAUACAUGAUAUCAUUUCACUUCAAGCACCGAAAUUAACAUAAACCAUAUAGACAAGUAAUGUACUUAAUUCUGGUGAUCUAUAUAUAUAUAAUAAUAACGCACUGCGCUUAUUUAAUUA